CUCUCCUCCUACUUCCUUGCGACUGGUGAUACAGGACAUCGCGAUUACAUUCACUGGGCUCUUUUCUAUAUUCGAGUCAGAUCGGAAGCUAGCUGCAUCAACAUCGUUGCGUUUGCUCCAGACCCGCUGCUAUCGACCCGCCGAGUAGGAAGGCCAGGAGCGGAAAGAACCACCAAGAUCGUGUUCAGAUCGUUUCCCGACAACGACCCUUUUGAUUCUUGAGGGCGGUAACGAACACUUGCCGAGGAUGUUUGGACGCUUCUUUCACCUCAUGGUCGAUGCCGUCCUGAUCAGCGUUGCGCUGAGCGGCAUCAAGCGGAGCACGGGCCUAACGCCGGCUAUUCGCAAGGUGCCCAACAAGGAUGUGCGCAACCUGCUCCGCGUCUAUCUCGAGACUGGCGAAUGGCUCAUGGACCUCUCUGUCGUCGUCCUCGGUCGUUCCAACUACUUUGAGCGCAUCCGAUGAGAGGCCUCAACGCUCACCGGCGAAAGGCUGGAUGCGCCCAGAAACCAAGCGUGUGGCACCAGUCACGCGGGACUUGGCGACGCGCCUAUGGCGCGACUGAAUCACAGUAGCGAUCCCUGCUCGGGAAUCCUCGUUUUGAUACCGGACGCCGAUCAGUGUGUGUGUAUUUGUACGAGCAAUGAAGAGUGCGAUCCACCACAGG